GGCUCGGGUGCAUUUCACCCAAUGUGUAUCCUACGUCAGAAAAACGCACUUGACGAAAAAAUUCAUUUUGGUUAAAAACCGAAAUGAUACAGUGUUUGUUAGAGUAUUAUUUAAAGAAUAUUAAAGAGGGAUCUGCGGUUAAGUUUUUUGUGACUAUUUGAGUGAUUUGAGAGCUGAAAAUUGAAAAAGACGGUUUGGAACGCUCGUCAAUUUUGGAGCAGACAACACUAUUAAAUUGCAAAGAUGAUGACGGGUCGUAGGCAACGCCAAGCGGAGCAGAUCGAAGCGUUAUAUUCGGAGAAAAUAGAGACUAGGGAAGGCUCGAGGUCGAGAGGACGAAACCAAGAAAAUGAGAGUGAGACCGAUGAUGCCACCGAGCAUAGAAGCUCCACUGAAUCAGAAACCGACGCUAAUGGCUCAUCCAAUGCUGAAAGUGAGCGGGAAGACGAGGAACAGCCAGCGGCGUCAUCACCCGGUGGCAGCGGCAGAGCAGGUGAGCCAAAAAAGAAACGCAGCCGCUCUUCUUACUUGAACACUAAAAGUGGUCUCGAAUGGAGUUUAAAUGCUCCGGACGUAAAACAUAGUAUAACCUCUAAUACAAACCAUACUCCUUCGACGAAAGGGGCAGCUGCUGAUGCAUCUACACCUUUAGAAGCGUGGAGUUGUUUAUUUACUAAUGACAUUUUGGAUAUAAUACUUUUGCAUACCAAUGAACAAAUUGAACGGGAGAUUAAUGAUUGUAAAAUGGCUAAUAUUGAAUUGCAAUCCACUCAUCGAAAAACUGACCUACUCGAAUUAAAGGCAUUCAUCGGGUUGCUUUACUAUGCCGGCGCUCAAAAAGUUACUAAAUUAAAUUCUCAGGAUAAAUGGGGCCCUCAUAGUUUUCCGUUAUUCAAAGCAACGAUGUGUCGCAAUAGAUUUUUAUUUUUGCAAAGUUGUUUAAGAUUUGACGAUAAAGGGACACGUGCUGAAAGAAAAAAAUACGAUCGUUUUACUCACAUUCGUGAAAUAUGGGAACUGUUUAUAAAAAACUGUACAGAUAAUUAUGAACCAGGUCAAAACUGUACUAUUGAUGAACAACUUUUUUCCUUUCGUGGACGGUGUAUUUUUAAAGUGUAUCUUCCAGCAAAACCCGAUAAAUAUAGUAUAAAAAUUGUUUCUUUAAACGAUUCUGUUACACAUUACAUGAUCAAUGCGAUGCCUUGUGUUGGCACAGUUGCAAAAGAACCAACUGAAACUGUACCCGAUUAUUAUGUUAGAAAAUUAAGCGAAUCUUUAUAUGGUAGCGGGCGAAAUAUUACAUGUGAUAACUGGUUCACGAGUGUUCCGAUAUGUGAUAAAUUAAAAAAAGAUUAUAAUUUAACUUUAGUGGGAACUAUAAAAAAAAGUAAACGUGAAAUCCCAACUCAAUUUAAGCAAGUGCCUAAAAAUGGAAGUAAUGUACAGUUUGCUUACGCUGAUGGAAAAGUUUUAGUUUCUUUAAAUCCAAAAAAUAAAAAAAUUGUAUUACUUCUAUCUUCACUUCAUACCAACGGCCAGAUCGAUGCUGAAACAGGAAUGCCCGAGAUAGUUGUUUUUUAUCAUAAAAGCAAAGAUGCUACUGACAGUUAUGAUAAAAAAUGCCAUCACUACUCUGUAACGAUGCGAACUUUUCGAUGGAUAUUGCGUAUGUUCUUUGCUAUGUUAGAUCAAGCAGGUGUUAAUUGUUUUAUUUUGUACUCAUUGAAUUCUGAUAAUGCGGCUUUGAACAGACAUGAUUUUCUUGUACAGCUAAGUAUGGAAUUGAUUAAACCUUAUUUGCUUCAACGGCGUGCACGGCCAUCUCUUCGGCGUAACAUAACAACUUUAAUAGGAGAAUUUUUAGAUAAUAAGGAGAUUCCAGAAGACCAAGACAUUCGCUACUACAUUGGUGAAAAUAAGCUUGAUAAGCCAAAGCGGUGUGGUCUUUGUCAUGCUUCUUCAGAUAGAAAAACUAAUUACAAAUGUUUAAAAUGCGAUCUACCAAUGUGCAAAGAACACACCGCCAAGAUUUGCGUUGUAUGUAGCAUUAACGAAUAAACGAGUAUUGUACAUUCAAUUAUACUUCUAAUUAAAUAUAAGGAUAUUUGUUGAAUUUUUGAAACAUUUUUUUUUUUAAUAA